AUGACCCGAGAUCGCGAUCGUACCGUAAAUGGCAUCGCAAAAUAUGGAGAACUUCUCGCGGCGACGAAGCUCCCUAGCCGUCUCAAGCGAACAUCUCUCUUCCAGAUUUAUGUAUCCUGUUCCCUUUUGAUGAGUCUGGUCUUCUUGGUGGGAGGCGUGGACUACAAGCACGGGCUGGGGGCUCUCUACGUGGACGGGUUCCCCGAAGGGGUGUAUGGCAAGCUGUCGAUAGCCAACUUGGUCCUCUCCGGCUUGUGGAUCGUAUGUGAUUCCCUUCUCAUCCAUGGAAUUCGCAAGGCGAAAAGAAAGCUGAUGAUCCCGUGGCUGUGCAUCGCUCUCGCCGCGCUGAUCGCGGGACCGAUCGUCGCCGCGGCGCUGCUGGUCCUCGUGCUCGCCCUCGCCCCCGAGAACGCGGUCUUCCUCGUCCUCGUGGCCGUCCUCUUCGUCCUGUCUUACCCCGUCGGGAUCCAUUUCUUCCUCGUCGUCUACUCCCACUUCCGGGAGCUUUCGCCCGUUCGAGACAGGCGCGCCUCGGAGGACCGCGAGGCGGAAGUCCGCCUCCGCGCCCUGGACGAUCGCAAGAGCUUUCGCCCGUUCGAGACAGGCGCGCCUCGGAGGACCGCGAGGCGGAAGUCCGCCUCCGCGCCCUGGACGAUCGCCAGUGAAUUCCGCCGUCCGCGAUUUUCUCUUCCUUCUUCGCUUCGCAUCGCGGACCUCGCGGGAAUUUUGCUUUCCAACUUGCGGACGCGGCGGCCCGACUUAGCCUUGAAGUCGCUUGAAGUGGUCCUUGAAGUCCCUUAAAAACGGGAGACUAAAACUCUCAUUUGAGUUGGCAAUAAACGCUUUUUUUCAUUUGUUGAA